CUCCCUUGGUCCUCUCGAGUCCUCUCCUCCUCUUCCAACGACCCCCAGACUCUCCCUCCCUUCUUGUGGUGGCUCACAUCGAUACAACAUGGCUAGCACGAUAGCACGCACUGAGGAACGCCAGACUGCUGGGUGAGUUUGCGGCCUCCCUCUCUGACAUCACACCCCUCCCCCGUCCCUCCUGCCCGCCGCCCGGACGUGAAGAUUCACCCACUCCAUUCCCUGUCGGUCGCCCACCAGACACUGGCAGGCUGCUCGGUUUCCUUUCUUCUCCAAUUCAUCACUGGGUCUCCUUCUUCGGUGUUGAACAGAGGAAUAUCCUUGUGACUCACCGUCAAUCAUCGACUGCCCCUCCCUGCUGUUAUUGACUGCGGGCGCCUCCUUCGAUCGAUCUUCAUAUACACCUGCCAAGUUAUAAUCAAACUAACAUGGAUGUUUCGCGUAGCACCAUGGAACUCAAAGAUGACACCGUCAUCAUAGUGUUGGGUGCGUCUGGUGAUCUCGCAAAGAAGAAGACUUUCCCGGCACUUUUCGGCCUUUAUCGCAACAAGUUCCUCCCCAAGGGUAUUAGGAUUGUCGGAUAUGCCCGGACAAACAUGGACCACGAGGAGUACCUGAGGCGUGUGCGCUCAUACAUCAAGACCCCCACCAAGGAAAUCGAAGAGCAGCUGGACAGCUUCUGCCAGUUCUGCACGUACAUCUCUGGUCAAUAUGACAAGGAUGACUCUUUCAUCAACCUCAACAAGCACCUCGAGGAGAUCGAGAAGGGCCAGAAGGAGCAGAACAGAAUCUACUACAUGGCCCUCCCCCCCAGUGUUUUCACCACCGUUUCCGACCAGCUGAAGCGCAACUGCUACCCCAAGAACGGCAUUGCUCGUAUUAUCGUAGAGAAGCCUUUCGGUAAGGACCUUCAGAGCUCGCGCGAUCUCCAGAAGGCCCUCGAGCCCAACUGGAAGGAAGAGGAGAUCUUCCGUAUCGACCACUACCUGGGUAAGGAGAUGGUCAAGAACAUCCUCAUCAUGCGCUUCGGAAACGAAUUCUUCAAUGCAACCUGGAACCGCCACCAUAUCGAUAACGUUCAGAUCACAUUCAAGGAGCCCUUCGGUACUGAGGGACGUGGUGGUUACUUCGAUGAGUUCGGCAUCAUCCGUGAUGUCAUGCAGAACCACCUUCUGCAGGUGUUGACGCUGCUCGCUAUGGAGCGCCCCAUUUCAUUCUCUGCUGAGGACAUUCGUGACGAGAAGGUUCGUGUCCUGCGCGCGAUGGAUGCCAUUGAGCCCAAGAACGUCAUCAUUGGCCAGUACGGAAAGUCUCUGGAUGGCAGCAAGCCCGCCUACAAGGAGGACGAGACCGUGCCCCAGGAUUCCCGCUGCCCCACCUUCUGCGCCAUGGCCGCCUACAUUAAGAAUGAAAGGUGGGAUGGUGUUCCCUUCAUCUUGAAGGCAGGUAAAGCCUUGAACGAGCAGAAGACCGAGAUCCGUAUCCAGUUCCGUGACGUCACUUCUGGAAUCUUCAAGGACAUCCCUCGCAACGAGCUUGUCAUCCGUGUCCAGCCCAACGAAUCCGUGUACAUUAAGAUGAACUCCAAGUUGCCCGGUCUGUCCAUGCAGACGGUUGUGACUGAGCUCGACCUCACCUACCGCCGCCGCUUCUCCGACCUCAAGAUCCCCGAGGCCUAUGAGUCCCUGAUCCUGGAUGCUCUGAAGGGCGACCACUCCAACUUCGUCCGUGACGAUGAACUGGACGCCAGCUGGAGGAUCUUCACCCCUCUCCUGCACUAUUUGGAUGACAACAAGGAGAUCAUCCCCAUGGAAUACCCCUAUGGCUCUCGCGGACCCGCUGUCCUGGAUGACUUCACCGCGUCCUUCGGCUACAAGUUCAGCGACGCUGCUGGCUACCAGUGGCCUCUGACUUCCACCCCCAACCGGCUGUAAAUGAGCAUAGUCGGAAGGUUAUGACGGGAAAGGAAGAAAAACGCCGCCACGGCGAAAAAAAUGUUAAUGCGACUGAUUUUCGUUGGAGAAUCAUGGUAUGACGGGGAUCUGGGAUGAUAUGACAGAAACGAAGCACUCGGUACUAUUUAUCGGUCGGCCGGGCAAUGACUGGAGUUAUCUAUUCGCAACCCCUUUAGAAACGAAUUCAGAGAACGUUACGAAUCACGGGAGGUCGGUUGGGGCCGCUGGACUUCACUGGAGGCUGGAAGUAGUGGCGUGGCGGUAGAUGAUGAUUUUAUUUUUGAUUAGGGAGUACGAUGCAGCAUCUGUUCGAUCGGGGAAAUUGGCAUACUAUGUAUUACUUCCCCGGUUUCCGACAGAUUACUCCGUAGUGCGAGAAUUUACCCUUGCCCGUCCACUAUUUAUAAACACAACAAGUACCGUCG